UAACAGUAGGUACUUUAUUUCCUUUAACUAUAUAUAUUGAUGAUUGGAUAGUUGAUUUUAACUACAAAAUUACGUAGGAGCCGUAUAUUCAAAUUUGUCAACCCAGAAAUUGAGUAACUCUCCUAAUCUUUCAGGCUUAUAUUUUCACACAUGUCCUUUAGACUUGUUACUUUGCAUUGUAUAUUAAAUGUUGCACUUGCAUGCUUUAAGUUAUGAUUCUAUACGGUAUAGACAUUUUGUUUUAUCCAAAAUUAAAUUGUUUAACAUUGUCACAAAUCGUGCACGUACCAGGUUCUUUGUAGUAGGAAUGGAUUCAAAUGCUGCAACAAUGCAUGGUACAACAAAACAGCUCAAGUAUGGAGCAAAAGACAUAAUAAGCCAAAUACAUGACAGCAUUCUUGGUCAUAUCUUGUCUUUCCUUCCAACGAUGGAGGCAGUCCAAACAAGCGUGUUAUCAACAAGGUGGAUUGAUGUUUGGACAUCCAUCACCAACCUAAAGUUGAAUGAUGGUGUGCUAAUUUGUUCUGGGAAGAAGAUGCAGAAGGAACAAUAUGAGUAUUUUGUAAACACAAUGCUUCUUCACCUUGCCAAUUUAAGCAUCCAAAGUUUCUCUCUUUGUUUAACAUGUUUUCAUUAUGAGUCAUCCCAGGUCAGUGCAUGGAUCUCUUCUAUAUUGGAAAGAGGAGUCCAAAGGCUUGAAAUUCAAUAUGCUAAUAAAAUCUUCUUUCCUUCGCAUACCCUCUUUAGUUGCAACUCUUUAGUACAAUUGGUGCUUCAAAUGAGAUGCACUCUUAGUGUUCCAAUCUUUGCAUGUCUCCCAAACCUUCAAACUCUUGGCCUUUCGGGGAUCAAGUUAGUGAGUGAUCAUGAAUCCUCCACUUAUUCAAAAGAUCUAGUUCUUAGCUUCCCAAUUCUCAAAGUGUUUGAAGCUAAAGGAUGUGAGUGGUCAACUAAGCAGAAUCUUUGUAUCCAAGUACCUCUACUUGAAAGGUUUUCCAUAGCAAUGUGGAACUCCCUAUCAAAUGAAUCAUGCAAAUCUUCCAUCAAGAUUUUCUCUCCCCAUCUAACAGAUUUCUCUUAUAAGGGUGAUCUUGAACAGGAAAUCAUUCUAUUAAAUACAUUAUCAAUUCGCACUGCUUCUGUAGUGAUUGUCAUUGAUGAAGAUAGAAAGGAAAGCAUGAGAAGACUUGGGUUUCAAGUACAUAAGCUUCUCACACAAAUCUGUGAAGUGGAACAAUUGAAAUUACUAUUGUACAAGGUUUUAGUGCAUGCUGCUGAUAUUUUCACCCAUCUACCAGUUUUUGGAAAGUUGACUUAUCUGCAACUGAAUGAGGUUACCGGUGAAGCUCUGUUGAACCUACUCCACAAUUCUCCCAUGCUUAAUACUCUUAUAUUACAAAAUGGAGUAUUUGACUUAAAUGAAGAUAUGUUGACAUCUGCAUCAGUGCCUCAAUGCUUUUUGUCUAGCCUCAAAGUUUUUCAGUUUAAAGGAUUUAAUGUGCAUGAGCAUGAACUUCUUCUGGCGAAAUUCGUGAUGGCAAAUGCAACAGUCUUGGAAAGAAUGACUUUAAGCACAGCAUUUUGGCUGCAGUAUUCAGAUAUUGACAUGGAGAAAGUUAAGGAGCAGAUACUCUCUUUUCCAAAGCGUUCCAGCUUUGUCAUGAUUGAAUUUUCUCAUGUCAACGGUUCCUGAAGCCACAACUGUUAUCUAUCCUUAGUCUCUUCACUACAAGCAUUGCAAAAAAAUAUUGUUUCUACGUAAGGGGGAAUCAUUAUUUCAUUGUGUGCUAUUCUAUUUAAUUAUUGAGCACUGUGACAAAUCGUGUAUCAAGUGCUUUUCCUAGUCAUUGAUUUAAAUGCUCCAACUCCGGAUGAUGUAACAAAACAGCUUCCUACAGUGCAAACAGUGGUUGGAGUAGAUGACAUGAUUAUUAGCAGAUUACAUGAACGCAUCUUGGUCAAUCCAGUAGCAAAAAGAGUGCUUCUUCACCUUGCCAAUUGAAGUAUCCAAAGUUUCUUUGUUUAACAAGUUGUCAUUAUGAUUCAUCCCAGAACAGUGCAUGGGUCAUUAGCUUCCCAGUUCUCAAAGGGCUAGAAGCUAGAGAGGAUGUGAGUGAUUAUGCAGACGAUGAGUAUACAUUCUGAAGCACGAAUAUUCUGUUUUGGCCAAUGUACCAAUAUCGGAUACGUAUCCAAUACCGAUACGCUCGGAUACGCCUUGAAUACAUAUCUCACACGUAUCUAGUCUUAGACCAAUUCAAAAAAGGAAAAAUCGUCCCGAUACAAUUUUUUAUAUAUCUGAUAAGAC